AUGUUCCGGAAUAUAAAUUUCCUCAAUUUGGUAUCUAAGUCUAGGAAGACGUUAAUGGUGCCUUUUCUCCGAAUUCAAAGCUAUCAGUGUUACAAUCUGAUUUCUUCGAUUUUUUCAAACAUCGUCACGCUUUGUCAUCUAUCUAACGAGGCGUUCGAAAAGCGAAGUCUGCUCUUGAAGCUUGUCACUGAUAGUUAUGCAGAGCUACAACCACCGUUCAAACGUGCGUACUGUUCAAAAACAGCAUGUAAACAUGAUAAUCCGAACGGUUCACUGGCUCGAGGAUUUUGAGAAUUUUGUAGUUUUGUUUUAGAAUCUCGGAUGUCUCUGAUGAUGAACCUUAUUAUUGUACAAUAUCAGGACCCAAUUAACCUCGUUGUUGAAUUUUUCAUCUUGCUACCCCUUAUUGUUAUGUGUUACUCGUUUCAACUGCAGAUGCUAUGAGCAGUAAAUAAAGCAAU